UCACUGCGGCCAUCCUCAGUCGGUCAGAAUGCGCGCCGCACGUCGCACGCUCGCGCUCCAGCUCUUCAUCCUGUGCACGUGUACCAUACUAGUCACGUGCUCAUCCACACCGGACAUGGAAGAAAAUGAAGUCGAAGACGAAGCCGAAGCUGACUACGAAUUUGAACCAACUGAACCUUACCGAGCUGAAGAUCAUAUAGAUGACAUGGAUACUUCACAAAGUGAUGAAAAAACAUCAAUGGCAAGAAAAUUAUGGGACUGCGUAGAGGAUAACAAUACUCUAACCUGCAUGAAGGACUUAUUCUACGAAGAAUUCGACUCGAAAGUGAUGCGUAACCAUAACCUAGUCCUACUCAAGCGAUAUAUCAAUAAAUACAUGGAAGAAUACAUGAAGAGGAAGCGUAUUAGUGAUAAUAAUUCAAAAUACAGUGGAUUUGAUUUACUUGAUGAACGCCAGGAUACAACUACAGCUGCCCCAGUGGAUGAGGAUGAUGACGACGAUGGUCAUCGCGGAAUGAAACAGAAAAUGAUGGAUUUUUUGCCGUAUUUACUAGCGCCGGCUUUAUUGAUGGCUGGGGUUAUGCCAUGGGUAAUACCACCGUUGAAAAUGAUGGUUAUGUUCGUCGCCAUGAUUAAUCAAUUCGCAUUCUCAUCGGCCUUGUUCUCACUCGUCAGGAACUACGUCUUCAAUCGCAAGGAAGAGGAACACGUCUUCUAUAUUAAUCAUGGUUAUCAGAAUCAGAAGCAUCGGUAAUAUAUAUUUGCGAAAUAGGUUAGAACACUGUAUUACCUCGACGCCUAGGCACCUCGCGAGUAUGAUUGGUUGCAUAAUGAUUACCUUCAUGAUAAUAUUGUAGUAGAUGUAGUGCUGCGUAUGUGUACAAAUUAUUUAAUUUAUUUAUUUAUUGAUUUAUUUAUUGUAUUUAUUUUUGCUCAGUAAUAUAGAGAUUAAAUUGAGUGUAAGUAGGAAGGUGAGGAGUUGAUGAGUUGGAGAACAAGUUGGACUUGUUUGUAAAACUAGGGCAGAGAUUAAUUUCGUGUGGGAAUUCGUUUAAUUUUUGGGUGUUUUUAACAUUGAUGGGACUUCAUUCUUGCCGAUUUCUUCGAACAACUGUUACUUGUAGUGUUUAGUGGAACUGUGUAACACCAAACGAUAAUUUAAUUUAUGUAAAUUGUUAUUUAUUAUGGAUGUAAACAAGCGAACCAAAUAAAAUUAUAAAGUAUU